CGCACCGAGCAUGUCCGCGCCCGCCCCGCCGGGAGCCACCGCGGGGUUGACAGCAGCGGGGCAGCGGGCAGGGCGUGAGGGGCAGCUCCCGCAGUGACCAGGAGUGAAGGGAAAAUAUUAGAUCAUGUCGGAGUUCUGGCUGAUUUCCGCCCCGGGAGAUAAAACAAAUCUGCAGGCAUGGGAGAGAAUGAACACAGUGACUUGUAAAUCCAACCUGUCCAGCAACAGCAAAUUCCAUAUUCCAGACUUAAAGGUGGGGACACUGGAUGCUCUUGUUGGUCUGUCAGAUGAGUUGGGAAAACUUGAUAGCUUUGCUGAAAGCGUAAUAAAGAAAAUAGCCCAGUACAUAGGAGAAGUUAUGGAGGACUCAAAAGAUAAAGUCCAGGAAAAUCUUCUGGCCAAUGGAGUUGACCUAAUUAGCUACCUGACACGGUUUGAGUGGGACAUGGCCAAAUAUCCCAUAAAGCAGCCGCUGAAGAAUAUAUCAGAAGCCUUAGCAAAGCAAGUGACUCAAAUAGAAACAGACCUAAAGACCCGAUCAGCCGCAUACAACAACAUUAAAGGAAAUUUGCAAAACCUGGAGAAAAAAACCGUGGGAAAUCUGCUGACUCGGACCCUAGCAGACAUCGUGCAUAAAGAAGACUUUGUUCUGAAUUCUGAGUAUCUCAUCACGCUGCUUGUCGUGGUGCCAAAGUCAAGCUAUGUACAGUGGCAGAAGACCUAUGAAUCCCUCUCCGAUAUGGUAGUGCCUCGCUCCACCAAAAUGAUUGCUGAGGAUGCAGAGGGAGGACUCUUCACCGUGACCCUAUUUAGAAAAGUGAUGGAUGACUUCAAGGCUAAAGCCAGGGAGAACAGGUUCAUGGUUCGAGAAUUUUAUUUUGAUGAGAAGGAACUGAAAUGUGAAAAGGAAGAGCUGAUGAAAUUAGCUUCUGAUAAGAAACAACAAUAUGGCCCGUUGCUGCGCUGGCUGAAAGUGAACUUCAGUGAAGCAUUUGUGGCUUGGAUUCAUGUGAAAGCCUUGAGAGUUUUUGUUGAAUCUGUCCUGAGGUACGGCCUCCCAGUGAAUUUCCAAGCAAUGCUGCUGCAGCCAAAUAGGAAGUCUGUGAAACGCCUCAGAGAUGUCCUGAACGUGGUCUUCAAACACCUGGAUGAAGUUGCAGCAGCAAGUAUAAUGGAUCCUGGCAUGGACAUCCCUGGUUUACAACUGAGUAAUCAAGAAUACUAUCCUUAUGUCUAUUUCAAGAUUGACCUCAGUCUUCUUGACUGCAGUUAAAGAAAAACUGCUCCAGCUUCAUCUGUAAAUGUUACAGUAAAACAAUCUUUAGCUACUGAAAGUCAAAUUAAAACAGAUGCUGUAGCAGGAUAAUUGCUAAAGAACUUCCUACCACUUCCAGUAAUUUUUACAGCGAUUUCAAUAUAAAUAUCUCUUGUUCAUAGUUUUACAAAAACAUAUUUCAGAGUCAGGAGGUACUAUGGUAGUAUUUAUUUUUUUUUUUGUUAAGUUACAAAGGUGGAAUAUCUAUUGGACUUGAAAUAAACCAAUUUGAAGUGUGGUGGCUAAUGGAUCUACUAGGUGUAUACAGUCCUGUUUUUCUAACAAAGCAAACUUAAACUGCAGAAAAAGUAGAAAUCAGACCAAAACUCAAAGUUUUU